AGCGUUAGCUAACUAGAGCGCCGUCUUUACUUUGUGCAGUUCAUAAUGCUUUUAUGAAAGGUUGCAAACUAAUUUAACGAUCAAGCUUCCGCAGCUCAUUCCGAAUGGCAGCUCGGUAACUGGUUGACAGGUGGUGGGUCUGUUAAUCCGUGAGCAGCAGUGUGCUAGUAAAAGCCGACCACCAAGUUUUGAUGUAACAUUUGCUCUCCAACUAAAACUAAAGCAUCGGACCCUGAUGCAGGCGUCAGUUCGACCGGGGCUCGCGUCCCUGUCUCAGCCCGGAGACACGGUCGCGGGCCUGAGACGAUGGCGUUUGUAGAAGGCGCCGUCGGUAGCGGUAUAUCCUCAGAUAACAUGGGCAACUGGAAUAGAUAGGGUGGGUACUCUGAAACACAUAGAAAUAGAAUAGGUACAUAGAAAAAUCUGAAACAAACAAACAAAAAACCCGUCACCUAGAUAAUCUCGGAGAACGGUUGCCAUUCCGUGGACCACAGGGGGAACUGCAGUACUUGUGUGUAUCAAGCAAUCCGUCAAUCUGACCACGAUAACAACCGCUGUGACCUCGCAUGUGUGCAGCGUCUGUAAAAAGUAUAUGUGUAACAGCAUGAAGGCUCGCUCAUCAUCCCCUGUUCACGUGCACGUGCAGAGAAGCCAGUCUUUGCCCUGUUCCGCUGAGACGGUUCGCGGCGUUACUCACGGAUCUGCCUCCGAUCCUGGCUUGAGGGUGAGGAAACCGAAGAAGGUCGUUCACAAGUCCCACAGCAGCGAGAGGGAGCCCGAACAGGCCGACUGGACCUGCGUCCAGUCCAGAGACCGCUUCGCCCGCUCGGAGGCAGCUGGAGCACACCUGCAGGCUGAACUCAGCGACAAGACAAAUGGAAGCAACAGUUUGCUUGCAGAGAGAGAGAGGACCAUUUCCUUUGAAGAAACAUUGUCGGAUGUGUGGGCCGGCUCCAGGAUGUUGGCAGAAGAGCUGGCUCCGGGUUCGAGCCAUCAGGAUGGAGCUGAUGAGACUCCCAGCGUGCAGCCGGACUGCGAGAGGGAGAGAGAGAGGCCGGAGCGCGAGGCCCUGGUCCCUGACGGCAGUGUGCUGCUCCUGGCGGCCCUGCGGGAGGCUGAGACAGGCGCGCACGCCGCCGCCGUCCAGCUCACGUCCUUCAGAGAGGCUCUGGGACACGAGUCCGCUGCCCCGGGGUGCAGGAUUGGGCGGCAGAAGGCCCUGCUGCUGGAGAAGCUGGAGGAGUUUAAGAGCAGGAACCGAGCGGUCCGGCAGCAGCUGAAGGACUUCCAGGACCGAGAGGCGGGUCGACUGGAGGCUGACAGACACAUGUACGUUAUACUGAAGAAGCUGACUCUCACUGAAACCGAAAACCUGAACUUAAAAAGAGACCUCAGAGAAAAAGAGGGGCGGAUUGAAGUGCUGAUGGACUUACGACAGGAGGAAAAGCUCAAACUGGAAGCUGUGGUACAGCAGUCAAAGUCAGUGGAGACCGUUCGAGCGCACCUACAGGGGCAGCUUCGCAACAAGGAAUCUGAGAACAACCGUCUGACGGUGCAGCUCAGGGGGUUGGAGAAAACCCUAGCUGAGCAGAAGCUGCGGAUUGGAUGCCUGAAGGCUCAGGUCUCGUCCGCCUCAGAGAAAGAGAAGGAUGAGAAGGAGGCUCUGAAGAAGGCAACUCGAGUUCAGAAGCAGCGAGCAGAGAAGUUUGAAGCGGCAGUGGAGAAAUCUUACGCACACCUGAGAGAGAAGGAUGCGGAGCUGGCGAACUUGCGUUCGGAGGUGGAGGUGUGGAGGAGGCGGCAGGAGGAGGGUGUGGAGGUGCAGGUCCCACUGGAGGCGCUCAAACAACAGGUUUGUGAGAUGACUUUGCAACUGCAGAGAGAGAGAGAGAGCGUCAGGGUGUCUAAUGAGGACCUCUUGCAGAGGGUGGAAAAACUGAGCCUGGAGAACACAGAUCUGAGCCUCGAAAAUGCAGCUUUGAAGGCCUCUGUCUCUGACCUGGAGGAGAGACUGCGCCGCUCUGUGGAAGAGGUGCAGGAACAGACCACCAUCUGCCAGCAUCAGAAGCAGCUCAGCGAGGAUCACCAGACCCAGGUUGCAGAGCUGCAGAAGGAGGUGGUCGGGCUGAAGUCGCGCUUGGCGGACAUUUUAAAAGAGCAGGAGGAGCUGAGAGAGACUAAAGAGGCAGAGGUCCGACAGGUGCGGGAGCUCCGGGUGUGUGUGUCAGAGCUGGAGGCUUACCCUGAGCUGUUGAGGGCAGCGAAGCAGCGCGAGAGAGACCUCCAGGACCGGCUGCUCCUGUCCGAGCGCACGAUGUCCCGCAGCGCCCUCACCCUGCAGGAGCUGCAGGCCAAGGCGGAGCACCAAUCGGAGCAGCUGAGAUCGUCUGUGGACACGAAGGACUCGAUGAGCAAGCAGAACGACGGACUGCGGGAGCAGAUGGAGUCUCUUCACAGGAGAGUGGAGGAGGUGGCUGAGGAGAACAGAGCCCUGCUGCAGAAGCUGUUUGUCCAGGAGGAAGCGCUGGAGCACGGCGGGCAGCAGCUGGAGCAGAGCUCCACAGAGAACCUGUCCCUCCACCGCCACCUGGAGGCAGCACUGAGCGACGUCAAGCAACAGGUUUCCAUAGUGAAGGAGAAGGCUGUGCUGAGGGAGAGAACUUUGCAGGGUAAAAUCCAGGAGCUGGAUUCUGAGAGGAACCGGAGGGAGAAGGAGCUGAAAACGCUCCGGCUGAGCAAAGAGUCUAUGGAGAAACAGUUUGAAGUACGCCUGAAAGACCUUCAGUUGAGAUUGGACCAAUCUGAAAACCACAAACAGAGCAUUCAGAACUACAUCGACUUCCUCAAAAACUCCUACACAACCAUGUUUGAGGACAGUCUCUAAACACACCUGGGCCUCGCUUCCUCUGUAAAGUGGAUCUCUGUUCUCAAACCUUGCCUGUGGACAAGCAGUCGAGACUGAAAAGUUUAUUAUUUGAUAGUGUCGUUUUUAUGAUUGAGUUCAACUGGUUGUAUUUCUGCCUAGUGUUUGCCUGUAGAAAUAUGAAAUUUUAACUGAAAAUGAAUGAACAAAAAAAUACAUGUAAGCCAUAUCUUUGAGUGUAAUUUUACUUUUUUUAAAAUUAAAUAAAUCUGUUUCCCAAACCA